AAGCCAAUUCACGCUUAAAUUCAUUGUGUAACAUUGUGAAUACAUGCAUAUACAGAGUCUGGUUUAACCUAAAUAUGACUACAAACAAACGUACGGUAUGUGUGUGUAUGAUAGAAGGCAAUGGCAAAGCAAACGUAGAAAAAAGACGAGUAUAUUAGAGGGGAAAAUUUAUUUCAGUUUGAUCCGUAGCGAAAUGCAGUUGUUCACAAAACAGUUUUCUUUUUUCAAUAAAUCAACGCAGAAAUUUUUUAAAUACCAUCUGAAUAUAUAAAACCAAGAAAAAAAAACUAUUAUCGAAAUUGUAAGAAAGAAAUUAUGUAUGGAUUUGUAUUUUUUUUUAAUCGAAAUUUAAAACGAGAACAAAAAAAGUUAAAGUAAAGCCGACGUAAUCGUCUAAAAAAAACUUGCACACGCACACACACACAGAGAGAGAGAGAGAGAAAAUAUUGUCUCCGAAAAGCAAUUUUCGUAUUUGCAAAAGCGCUAAAAAAGACCGAUAUUGGUAAAGAAAAAUCUCUUAAACAAAAUCUAAACCAUCAUAAAAGUAAAUCGUUAAUUAUUAAUUUUUUUUUCUGUCGUAAAUUCCUAAUCUUCCUUUUUUUGAUAAAUUGUUUUGCGAAAAGAGAUGGAGAGUAUAGACGAUAAUGGGGUCUCAAUGAAAGAAAGACAAAGACCAAGCUAUACAUAUUUUAAUUAUGCAUACAGAAUGUACGCGAAUGUACAAACGAACCUAUGGCAGAGCGAAGCAGCAGAAAAAAAAGAGAAUAUGUCGUACACUUUUUGUUAUUGCUGUUGCCAUGAAAAAAAGAGUAUAAACGAGAAGAAAUAAUGGUAGUUGGCCAUGUUGAAUUUUUCUACACAAUUUAAUACGCAUUUACUUUGCCUACAUAUAUAUAUGGAAGAGCUAUGUGUCGCUCGAUCAAUACAAGCGUACCGCGUAUGCGUUUGUUGUUGCUUCUCAACAGCUAAUCUCUUUCUCUAGAAAAUACAUGGGAACAAAAAUGAAGUUGCCUUUGAUCUAUUUGAACUAUUUCAUUUAACAAUCAUAGCGAAGUUUUCGAUGGUUUUUCGCUCGAAAUUUUCUUAUUUUUUUUAACUCGCUCAUUGGUUGCUCUAAUCUCUGGCUCUGAAUUUUCGCAAGAAAAGGAUACACACAGGAAGGUGAAACAGUGUAUGGUUUGUAAUCCUAGAAAAAUUCGAAUGUCAUAGAAAUUGCUUUUUCAAACGACAGUACCGUCUGAGUUAUGUUGGUUUUUUUUUUGCGGUAUCGUGCAACGGACAGAUAUUUAGAUGCAUAUUUGACAUCCGUUUUUAUUUGAUUUUUUUUUUAAAUAAGAGUGUAAUACACGCGCGCGCGUUCUUGACUUAUAUAAAUGUGAAUAAUACUAAUAUAUCUCGCUAAUGCUACUUGCAAUUUCGUCAUAAUUGCAAAUAUAUAUAGUAUUGUUUGUUGGUUUUGUUUUUUGACGUGAACGGUUCUGCUAUCGACACACAUGGGAGUAAUUAAAGGCGACAUAGAGAAAGAGAGAGAGAGAGAGAGAGAUAUGAAAAAUGCCAUAUAAAGGAAUUACGAUAAUUUUGACGAUCGCUGUUGUUUUUGUUUUUGUUGUUGUUGUAGCUGCCGUUAUUGUUCGUAUUCGUUUCGUUCGCUGUUCCGCUCCAUGGGAGAGUAAAGAAUAAGAAAAAAAUAAUAUAAAUUCAAAACGUGCGCGCAAAGUAACGACUUGGCCUAACCAUUAUACAUUCAUCAAAAAUCACAUACAAACAUACACACAUUCACUCAUCCAAAAAUGAAAUAGAAACAGCCGUUGAAAUGGCAUCGUAUAAGCUGCACCUGCUUACUAUCAAUGUAUGUAUGUGGAUAGUAUACAUAUGAAGAAACUUGUCGGUACGAAUGGAACACCGAAAUAUCAAAAUGAUGAAAUCGAAACAGAAACGGAAAUUACAAUGCUGGCGUAUUAGUGUGCCCAAAAUGUAUGUGUAUGUGUAUCUACUAUUGCGAUUGCUGCUACUGAGCUCUGUUCACUCUCUGGUUGAAAAACGUACGCUUACAUAUACGUGUCCCAAAAACAGCAAACAACAGCAACAUUAGCAGAAGCAACCAUAUGUACAUGUUUUCAUGAAAGUGAGUCACUACACAAUUUGUACACAGAAAAAUCUGUGUAAGUGCCAAUAAACGACGGCGUCAUUCUUUGGCCCAAACUCUCAUCGCAUCACGCAUACACUGUCAAUAACACGCUCUCAUACAAACACAUACAGACAUACACACAUACAACGAGAUACAAACACACAUACGCUUACCAAAGCAGAGAAAGAAUCAAGAGCCAGCCAGCCAUCGUAUAGAACCAUUUCAAGCUUGAGAUUUUUAUUCGAAAAAAGCAUUAUUGAGCAAAUUUUCUUCCGAGUUAAAUUGGUUGGUUCAGAGAGCACUAAAAACAGAUAUCAAAAAAGAAACAAACAAACAACAGUCUCUUCUAAUGUGUUACUAUUUAUCUUCUGUGUAUCAAUCGACAGUAUGUAUAGCAAAAAAACAAAUAUGGCCACAAAAUCAAUAUUAUCUUUUCUAAUUUAAUAACAAAAAAAACGAAUUGAAUUUAACGUCGGUCGUAGCAUGAAACAAAAGAGCUACAAACAAAAAGUCGUGCAUAUAAUUCCAAACAAAAGGCAACGCUAGCCGAGAGAGAGAGAGAGAGAGUCUCGCGCAAUCAUUAAUAUACUAUAUAAUGGCAUUUUAACUAGAGACAGAAAGAGAGCCCAGCUAAAACCAAACUAAUAUCAUUUAUUUUUAUUCUGCUAUCGAUUUGUACUUGCAUUUUUUUUUGCAGUAAGCCAUUUCAUAUUUUAUUUAUCUUGUAUUUUGUUUGAUUUCGUUAAAUUCUCGUUCGUUCGUUCGUUGGAUGAGCUCAAUUUCGAUUUUUCGUCUUGAAAGUCGUUCAUUCGUUUCCAACCAAAAAGUUUAUAUUAGAUUAAAUACGUAGUUUACAAUGUAGAAACUAACAAGUGUGUUGUUGUUAUUGCAAAAGACAAGAUUUCACAACGCAGUAAAAAUAUAUCAACAUUCGUUUGCGGGGUAUGCAAGUUAAAUUAUCGGCGAAUAUAAUUUUCUCUGUUCAUAGCUGAUAUGAAACGCUGAACACAAUGCAAUUAAUGAAUAGAUUUUUUUUCGUAGUUUUUAAUGAAUGCAUUAUUCAGCACUGAUUUCCCACUGGUACGGUACUUGGCAAUAUUUUCAUAGUUUCGUCUUCAUAUGGAUGGAAAAACGGUUUUUUAUUAUUAUUAUUUUUUAUUGAACCGAUUAUUUUCAGCUCGAUUCGUACACAGUGGAGUGGUUAUUUUAUUAGUUUGUUCAAAGUGUGACGUUUUUCCUAGGAAGAUUUUUUUUUCUUUGUCUGACGUCAUCGAGCCUUAUGACCGAGAAUGUCCUAGUUACUUGAUUUCGAUUUCAAUCCUUUUCUUUGCGAUUCGAUUCGAUCGAUACAAACAAAGAAAAAAAACGGUGCAUACAAAACUCAUCUAUUUAAUCCAACCUGAGAACGAUGAGCUGAUUCAUCUCAGACAGACAUAUAUGCAUGUUUUACACUCUUCUUUUUUGUUUCUAUUCCUUUCGAAUAUUUAUAGAUGUAGCAAUUUAGUUUGCUUAGUGAAAAACAGACAGAGAGAGAGAGAGAGAAAGAGAGAAUGCAACAGAUAUAUGCGAUUAUUUAUGAUUGAUAUAUAGUGAUGAUGACGUAUGGCGAACCAUACAUUGCAGCUACUUUUGAGUGUGACUUGAGUGUCAUGAUUUCAGUUGUUGUUGUUGUUUUUUCCCGAUUCUACUGUUGUUACUGGUCAUGAUAUCCAGCCACAGUAGCCAUUACCCGCUAUUUUAUUGGUGCUACGCAAUUGUAUGCAAGAUUUGUGCUAAUUUUUUUUUCGUUUCAAACGAUGAAUAUGAGCUCACUUUUGGCGAUCGUUUGAUGUGAUCAAUGUGAAUUAUGUGAGAGACAGAGAUAAAGUAUAUAAGGAGGAAAAAGAGAGAUAUACACAUCCCAAUUGACACCAAGUGUUAGAUGAUGUCAACUUGAAAAAUAACCGCAAACCAACAAAAAAAAAAUUACUAUAUAUGAGCCAUGAAAAUUUCAUUAUUUGCCAGACAGACCAAGUCAUUUUGAGUAUUGACAGACGAUCCACGCUCUUCAUUCAGCAUUUUGUUGUUGUUGUUGUUGCUGUUGCUGCUGUUGUUAAUACUCAUAAAUUAUGAAAUUCCCGCAUAGCACCGUAUGUGCGUGUCUCUGUGUCUAUGUGUGAGUGCGUGUGUCAUUUGUUCGUGUCGUAAAAUUUUUCGCAUUGACCGAAUCCCCAUUGAAAUCAAGCGAUUUCAGAUCGUUCGUUUCAUGGCAUUAUUGUUGUUUUUUUAUAUUGUUCACACGUUCCAUCGUCCAUUGUAUAAAUAUACAUAGACAUACACAUACACCAUCGAAGCCUCACGCACAUUUAUACAAUCAUUGGUGUGUAAGAUGUACUCUAACCUGCCCUCUGUUCAAACGUUCGUUUGUUCGUUCGUUCGUUCGUUCGUUCAUCCGUUCACUGUAUCUUUGUCACUGUGUGCGUGUGAAACAGGCAUCAGCAGAACGACGAUUUUUAGUACGCGAACCGUUCGCUCAAUGUUCAUUUCAACAUUAACCUAAAUGAAGAGUGAAUGUGAACAGGCUAGGCUUACACCUUAAAUAAACACACAAUAUAUAGAUAGAUGGUUUUUUUUACAUUCGUUUCAACCUCCGCAAAAUUUUGUUCGAUUUUCAAGUUAAUGGCGAACAAUUGAAUAGAACGAAAUUUAUUUAUUUAUUUUUUCCAUUAAAAUAGUUACUGAGAUUUAGUAGUAAAAAGAGAAUAAUCAAUAGUAAGAAAAGAGGAAAAAAAUCGAUCGUUAACGAAAUGAUUUGACAAAGUCUGCAUUUUUAAGGUAUAAUAAAUCAAACAAACAAAAAUAUUCGCGACCAGAAAUAGAAAGAAGAUUUGCGAAGUAAAUGCGCUUUGAAGAGAUAAAAAAAAGGUAGCUAAAGGAGACAGACUGCAAAGCAUUAGUCAGUGAGACAGAGACAGUUGCCGCCCGUAGUAGCAACAGCAAAAGCAGCCGCACAUACAACGACCGAAUCGAGUCGAGUCGAGUGUGAAUGCCGCACUAAUAUGCAUACAUUUGUUGUUGCUUUUGUCAGGUCAAUGUGUGCGUGUGUGUGUAUGUGUUUGCUCUUGUAUUACUGCGAAGAAGCCGAACAGAGAGUAGCAUAAUGUGUUGGAUUUUCGAUUAACAUUUUGCGUUUUAUAUACGUACGUCUUUCCAAUACAACAACUUUUACUCUACUAUUUCAAACGUACCGAUACAAAAAAAAAUUUCUCUUCAUCUUGCAUUUUUGGCAAUUGUGUUAUUUUUUUUGAUUACUUUUCGGCUCAGAUUUUUGCGAGAAAAAUAAAAUUCUUAAACAAUUUGGUCGAAACCAAAUUUCGAGGAAAUAUUUGCUGAAUCGAACAUUUGACCAAAGUAAAAGCAAUGAAUUUCGAUGAAAAAUGUUCCAUUGGAUCUCAAUUCGAUUGGAUUUGUUAUUAACCAAAGUGUGUUUUGUUUGUCAUGGUUUUGUCCUUUAACUAUUGAACGAUACAUAAAUUAGAGAAGAAAACUAAGGCAAAUUUGAAGAAGAAAAAAGAGGCAGAAAUUAUGGCUGAGCCCGAUUUCGAUGCCCGGAAUGCAAUGGAAGACGAAGACUUAGAAGAUGGCGAAAUUGAAACGGACGAGGAAAAUGAAGAAGUGAAACCAGCAGCACCAGUAAAGCCGGCGAUCAGUGAGCCGGUGAAGAAAUCCAAGAAUACCGAUGAUGAUUCGAAGAAAAAUGAUGGCAAGGGCAAAAAUGAUCAUCGCAAGUCGACACCAGAUAACAGUACAGCUAAAAGUAAAAAGAUAUCAGCUAGCGAUACCGUUGCAAAGGACGACUGGGCGGGUGAUGUAGAAGCGCUUCUUGCAAAGGCGCUACAGAAAGAUGGCAUUGCGCCGAAACCAGUGAAAUUAAAUUCAAACAAAUCCAAGGAUGACACAAAGGACACCAGCAGUAAGGAUGUGAAAGAACCAAAAGGCGAAAGUAGUAGUAAGUCGAGUAAACACAAGCGCAAACAUAGUAAAAAUGAUAAAGAAUCGCAGCGGAAAAAGGCACGACUCACUGACGACGAUGCCGAACGAUCCUAUCAUUCAAAUGAUUCUGAGGAUUUUGAUGAGUAUGAAAUGAUGAAUGUGAGAGGUGGCAGUCCACCAUCACAUGGUGGCCCAUCGCAGGGCUCACAAAAGCAAAAUGCACUGUAUUAUGAUUCGGAUGCGAGCUAUUCAUCGCCUGAGAGUGAAUCGGGCGACCACAGGCGACGCAAUCGUGGCGGUGGAGGUGGCGGCGGAGGCGGCAGCAAUAAACGCAACCGUGGCGGCAACGAUCGUAAUUCACGUCGAAAUCAUCGCGGUGGUAAUUCCAAACGCGAUCAUAAACGGCGACGCGACGAUUCUGAUGAUGAAAACAUUAGUCAUAGCAAUAAUACCGGUGGCGGUGGCAACAAUCGAAGCAAUAACAAUAAUAAUCAACCGCGCAAAGCGGAACUGUGUAAAUUUUAUCUGAUGGAAUGCUGUGCCAAAGGUGAAAAAUGUUUGUAUAUGCACGGCGAUUUCCCAUGUAAAUUUUAUUAUCUAGGAAUGAAAAAUCAUAAUCGUGAAAAUUGUAAAUUUUCACACGGCAAACCGCUGACCGAUCAAUUACGGGCCGUACUGUUGAAACAUUUGGAAACGGCACCAAAGGAAAUUCUUGGCGAUUUUCCACGAAUCGCGCGCGAAAAUGCGAUCAAUAUGAUAAAUGCACAGCAUCAAAAGUUAUUAGUAAAAUUUGGCAUGGAACCCGAACCCAGUACAAAUCCAGCAAAUUCAUCGCAAACAUCCAAAUUACCAUCGUUACUGGACAUUAAUCUGGAUAAAUAUCAGCCACCAUCGAACAAUGAUCACGGCCUCGGCAACAUGAAAAAAGAUAAACCACGGAAGAGCCGAUGGUGCGACCAAAGAUCCAACGAAUCGAAUACCAAUCAUUCAUCGCAGAAUACCAACAAUUUGUCACACAGCAAUGCCGCCGCAAAUUCAACCAACGAAAAUGAUAUUAAACUUAGCUCGCUCACCAUUGGCACACUGACAUCCGAAGAACUGACCGAACUGGAUAAACUCACCAAAAUGGGCAUCGAAACAUUAAGCCAAAUUGCACAAUUGACACUUCUACAAGUGAGUGAACUCGGCUUGAGUAUAGCUGUCAUUUCGGGGCUACAAUUGAAAGCAGUUCAGACGCUACAAAAUAAACAGAAGCAGCAACAGCAGCAACAGCAGCAACAACAACAGUCGUCGAAGAAUAGCAAAAAUAGUACAGCGUCAGAGCAUCAAAAUCCAUUCUCAUCAAAAGCAAAAGAGUUGUUGAGUCAAGAUCAAGAUAUGCGAAUACCGAUGAAUGCAUCGAAAGCAAAUGAUAAAUUGGAGUUGACCAAUCAAGAUGUGGAUAUGCGUAUUUUAUCCAUGCCACGACAAACUGGCAUGGAUAAAUCCAAAUAUAAAAAAUCCGAAGCAAAUAACUACAACAAAAAUACUCAUUCAUCCGACAAGUCAAAUGAAUCGGCGAACGCAUCGAGAAAAACAAUUGAUUAUUCACAAUAUUUAAAAGAUGCCGCCAUCGAUCCAAAUCAAUCUGACUUGGAAGAUUCAAUAGAGAGUGAAUCAUUAAAUAAAGAGAAGAAGAAAGGCUAUGACAGUGAUGAAGAUGAAGCCAAUACAUUAGUAAUAGAGGAAGAAGAUGAACCAGUACAACUCGAAGAGUUGAAUCCAGAAAAUGAUGCGACUGGACUUCACAAGAUGAAUUCAGCAUUGAGCGAUAACACAAGCGAAUUCAACUCACAAGCGUCUACUUGGUUUGAUUCGCAACGCGAGCCCAGCGAUAUGGCAAACUCAUUACCCAGCCCUGAUCCAAAUUCAGAUCCAUCAAAUCAAAAUGAAAAUAUCUUGCCAGCAUUUUAUGCACCAUCAUCACUAUAUCCGACAAGUAAUAAAAUCGACUUAAGCUCAUCCGUAUCACAAUAUUUGAAAAAGGACAAAGACAGCGUACAAAAGACUGAUAACUAUAAUAGCCAAGCGGACAGUGGUUUCAAUACGGAACCUCUUGAUGAUAAUGAAUCACCCAGUCGAUCACCGUCAACAAGAACAUCAUUCUAUUCGAGGCAAAUACCCGAAACGAAUCACCCGGCUCCACAAGCACUCGAUGAGAAACCAUCGCCAACCGUUGAUUAUGACAGUUCGUCAGAGACGAAUGCACGAAAUAAUUGUAGUUCACCACCGGUGCUGGUCAAGCCGAUACGAAAAAGUAUGUACGAAGUGAGUUCGGACGAUGAAAAUCAAAAUGAUGAUUGCAUUCGAUCGCCCAGUGAUGAUGACGAUUCACAAGAUUCACGGAAUAAAAAUGCAUUUUCGUUGAGCAAAGACAAAGAUAUGCGCAUCCCAAUUUUUGAGGAUUAUUCAAACGGUGAUAUUGACCUGCGACUACCAUUCAAACCAGUUAUGGCCAAUUACAUACCGGCCACGGAAAUUGAUGCUGCAAUCACUUCACAUGCACCGAUCACAUAUGAGGUGAUGGAGGUGGAUAUUCCAAAACCGGACUACAGUGAAUUGCGAAGAAGUAUUCCAACGCAUAAAAAUACGCUUGAUCCGCGUCUCAGACGGAUAUUACGGAUAAAAGAAGAUCCGGACACCGAAUUAUUUGCAUUAAGCAUAAAAGCGUCACCAUUUUCACCGCCGCAUGAGCCCGAAGCGCCCACCAUUACAGCAACCAAACUAGAUAAUCCAAUAAGCGGUGAUCCGCGACGGCAACGAACCGAUCCACGUCGUCCAAAUGCGCACAUUGGCGCUGGCACAACGGCGUCAAAUGCCACAGCCUCAGUAUUAAAUAAGCAACCAUCAUCAUCGUUAUCAUCAUUGUCGUCACAACCACAACGUUCGGUGCAUUUGGAUAUACAGAACAUUCUACAGAAAUCGAAUUGGUACAAGGACUGUAGUUCAAAGCAAAAGAUUAUGGUCAAUCAACAGUUGGCCAUUGUAUCGACUGAGUUGAAAAAAUUUCAUGCCGAUCCAUCGGACAAUAAGAUAUUUGAUUUAAAUUUUAUUAAUCAGAAUCCAUUGCUGCAGGAGGUAUUAACCAAUUUAGGAAUUUUCAUUAGUGAUGACGGUGAAUUUGUGCAGCUCGAUCAAACAACGGGUUUGAGCGGUAAAGAAAUGUCGGGUCGUACGGGUGCCGGCAAUUCGCAAGGAAUAGUUGAUUUAAUGUCAAUACCAAUGGACGUUGACUACCUACGAAAUCAACAGCAACAACAGGAAGUGCAACAGCAACAGCAAGCUGCAUUGCAAGCGCAAAUCAGUGCACUGGGUGGGCCACGAUUCCUUGGUCAGGCGGGCGCAACAGCACAAAUGCUCGCUGGCUUUGCUGGAUCAUUGCCGGGUGAUUUAAUACGGCCCGGAAUUUUAGGUAUAGCACCAAAUAUGCCUUUGAAUGAUGCCUAUAAUCUCAUACAAAACGCCAGCCAAAAUCCAUUCUUUGGUAAUCGAGGCUCGGGUGGUGGUGGCGGUAACGGAGGCGGAGGCGGCGGCAGUAAUAAUGGUGGUGGUGGUGGUGGCGGCAACAAUCGACGCACCGGCGGUGGAAUGAGACGCAACCAAUUCGAUAGAAAUAAUUCACGGCGUAAGUGAAUGUAUAUGCAAAACAAACAAACAAAUAAAAUUCUCGGGUAAAAGAGGAACAAGCGCUUUCCCAAAA